AAAUGCUCUGGCCAAGGCCGGGCCCCACAGGAGCAGCCCCCGGGGCGCCGGAGCUGCAGGCCGCGAGGCCAAGAUGAGUGCCAGUGCUGGCGGUGGUGGCAGGGACAGUGUCGGCAGCAGCAGCAGCUCACAGACCUCCUGUGGGCCCGAGUCCUCGGGCUCUGAACUAGCUCCCGCUGCGCCAGUGCCGCGGAUGCUGCAGGCGCUGCUGGGCUCUGACGACGAGGAGCAGGAGGACCCCAAGGACUACUGCAAGGGUGGCUACUACCCCGUGAAGAUUGGCGACUUGUUCAAUGGGCGGUACCAUGUGGUGCGCAAGCUGGGCUGGGGCCACUUCUCCACCGUCUGGCUCUGCUGGGACAUCCAGCGCAAGCGCUUCGUGGCCCUGAAAGUAGUGAAGAGUGCAGGGCAUUACACGGAGACAGCUGUGGAUGAGAUCAAGCUCCUGAAAUGUGUCCGAGACAGUGACCCCAGUGACCCCAAAAGAGAGACCAUUGUCCAGCUCAUCGAUGACUUCAGGAUCUCAGGGGUUAAUGGAGUCCAUGUGUGCAUGGUCUUAGAGGUCCUGGGCCACCAGCUCCUCAAGUGGAUUAUCAAGUCCAACUACCAGGGCCUGCCUGUGCCAUGUGUGAAGAGCAUUGUGAGGCAGGUGCUCCACGGCCUAGACUACCUCCAUACCAAGUGCAAGAUCAUCCACACAGACAUCAAGCCUGAGAACAUCCUGCUGUGUGUGGGUGACACCUAUAUCAGGCGCCUGGCUGCUGAGGCCACGGAGUGGCAGCAGUCAGGGGCACCGCCCCCAUCCCGCUCCACAGUCAGCACUGCCCCCCAGGAGGUCUGGCUGGGUAAGCUGUCGAAAAACAAGAGGAAGAAGAUGAGGCGCAAACGGAAACAACAGAAGCGGCUGCUGGAGGAGCGGCUGCGGGACCUGCAGAGGCUGGAGGCCUUGGAGGCAGCUGCCCAGGCUGAGGACUCUAGCUCAAGACUAGAGGGGGGCAGCGGCUCUACCUCUUCUUCCGGUUGCCACCCUGGAGGGGCCCGGGCCGGCCCCUCCCCAGCCUCCUCCUCCCCUGCCACGGGGGGCGACCGCAGCCUCAGCCCCGGCUCCCAGACCUCAGGCUUCUCCGGCUCCCUUUUCUCUCCCGCCUCGUGUUCCAUCCUCUCAGGCUCUUCCAACCAGCGGGAGACUGGGGGCCUCCUGUCGCCCAGCACACCGUUUGGUGCCUCGAACCUCCUGGUGAACCCCCUAGAGCCCCAAAAUGCAGACAAGAUCAAGAUCAAGAUCGCAGACCUGGGCAACGCCUGCUGGGUGCACAAGCACUUCACCGAGGACAUCCAGACGCGGCAGUACCGGGCCGUGGAGGUGCUGAUAGGUGCCGAGUAUGGGCCCCCGGCUGACAUCUGGAGCACGGCGUGCAUGGCGUUCGAGUUGGCCACCGGUGACUACCUAUUCGAGCCCCACUCUGGAGAAGACUACAGUCGUGAUGAGGACCACAUCGCCCACAUCGUGGAGCUCCUGGGAGACAUCCCGCCCGCCUUCGCCCUCUCAGGCCGCUACUCCCGGGAGUUCUUCAACCGGAGAGGAGAGUUGCGGCACAUCCACAACCUCAAGCGCUGGGGCCUGUACGAGGUGCUCGUGGAGAAGUACGAGUGGCCCCUAGAGCAGGCCACGCAGUUCAGUGCCUUCCUGCUGCCCAUGAUGGAGUACAUCCCCGAAAAGCGGGCCAGCGCAGCGGACUGCCUCCAGCACCCCUGGCUCAACCCGUAGGCCCUGCCGGCCGCUGCCCCAACCUCCCCCUCUAGGUGCCUUCAGGGAACGUGGGAUGACUCCUGUCACCCUGCAGAGGCUGCCCUCCCCUCCCCUGCAGGUGUAAGCUUUCACACUGCCCGUGGAGGGCAGACAGAUGCUGGGGCCAGGCCCACCCCGCAGAAUUUGUUCUGCCCCAAUCCUCACAGAGGGCCAUGUGAGUGACAAGUGCACGUGUUUCUUUUCUUAAUAAAGU